GCCCAGGUGGAGAUGGCACCUUCCUCACGGAUGCGCAGGACACUUCAGCGACGGUGCAAACGGCCGUGCAGAUCCCGAACAUGAGCCUUGUCCGCAGCGCCGACGCAGAGGAGCUGAGCGAACGGCGCAUGGAGCUCGUCCGCAAUGCUCAUAUGCGGGCGGAGCACCAGGCACAGGCCCGGAUGACAAUGCUGGACCUGGCGAACGCGUUAGACAAGGCGAGUUUGAGGAGAAGAGAGCUGGAAGCACGCAUUCUGGAGGAGCAGGGCGUGGCCGUGGGUCUCCGCGAGGAGCUCGCCACCUGGCCUCCUAAAGUGGAGCAUGUCAAGAACAAGUGGGAAGACCUGCGCCUGAAGGUCGUGGACUGGGGAAUCAAGGCCUCUGCGCGGGAAGGGGCAGCCUUCCCCCUGCUUUUGACCCUGGCCCUGGAGUGGCGGCCCAUUGGAGAGCGCCGGUCGGUGACGGGCAAGCCGCUCAGCGAUGAGGAGUCCAUGAAGGUCGACCGAUUACUUCUCAAAGAGAUGUUGAAGUCGUGGUAUGCGCAGGUCUCCGAGAAAGGCCCGGCCAGGAGGGUCUCGAUACACGAGGUGGCGGAGAAUCCGCUGACAUCCGAGCUCGAUGCGAUGGCUCGCCUGCUGGAGGCGGAGAGAGAGAAAAACAAGGCGCUGCAGGGGCAGAUCGAUGCAAAGGACGCCGAGGUCAAGAGCAUUCUGCGAAGAAUCCUCCAGCUCGAAGACGAAAAAGUCGCGCUCCUCAAGCAGGCAGAAAAGGCUAGAGAAGUCUUAAUCGUCGAGAAGCAAGUGCUCCGCGACGAGCUUGACAAGGUCCCCGACUUGCUCCGUCAGAAGGAACAGGAAACCGACCUGAUCCGGAAGGCACUCGCGGACUUGCAAGAGGAGAUCUUGAGGGUGAAGGCUCAAGCAGAAGCCGAUCGACUGGCCUUGAUUGAGCGCAUCCAGCUGCUGGCGGGGGAGCUUGAGAAUGCGCUGACUUCCGCAAAGCACAUGAAGGAGACCGCCGUCAAGGCGAAACGCGAACAGACGGGCUGCAUCUCUCCCGAGAAGUUUGCACAGCUCAUCAUCGAGCUCGAAGAGCUGCGGGAUCAGAUGAACCUGAUAGGCACGGAGAAGGACAACGAGAAGGAACUGAUACAUAGUUUGAAGCAGCAGCUCUCCAGGAAUAGGCGAAAAUGGGAGUUAGAGCGGCAAUUCCUUCCGCUGCUACACCAGGUGAAGGGGCCUGUAGGGCCUCCAAGCCGUGGAGUAGCAAAGAAAGAGGCGCUCUGGGCUACGCAGUCUGCCGUGGUGACCCAGGCUCCUCCCGAGAUCCUUGGGCAGGUGCCUUCAGACAGGAUGAAGCCCUGCCGCAGCUCCGGCGAUGUCCGCAAGAUCCAGGCCAGCACCAAUGGCUUCCGCGCAGCCAGAAAUCUGAUGUGA